UUUGCUAUAAAAAAAUAAAAGGAAGUGUCAAAGGGAAGACUAUUCAGCUGACCUGUCCUUUGACUGAUUGUGAUGCUAGUACGCAUAGAAGAAGAAUAAAAAAUUGUCUCUGCACGCAUAGACAGUGCACUAACAAGUCACAUUUUAAAUAUUUCCUCCCAGCAGUUAUAUAAAUAUAUACAAAAAUCCAGUUUGUAGUUUGCUAAUUGCUUUUUCUUCUUUUGCUGGUUGUAGUGCUGGUAGAGUUUUUAUGACCUGUUGCUUAGCAACUUUUAUCAACAGCAGCAAAGCACUUUCCUUUUCCUUAACCUUGUUAAAGUUAGGCUUGGUCACCUCUAGCACUCAUCAGCAGAGGAAAGUUAUUUCUAAAGUAAGGUAAAGUUGCUGCUCAGAAUCUAUGAGCUGCAUCCAGGAUGAGCUAUCUCUUCUUAGCUCCUGAAUUGCCUUUGCCCUUUAGUCCUCUCUCUCCUCAAGCUUUUGAAGAAAUCCAACGCCAUGCCGGGGAAGCCUGGAGACGGGAGGCUCAAAGAGAGGCCAACUGUGCAACAACAUAUUCUGCUGGUUAUGGAAAAAAGGAGCUGGCUGAACCUGCAAGAACCAAACCCUCCUCUCCUACCAGGAUAAACAGACCUCAUCCACCAGAAGUGUUUAUGGUAAACCAGCUUCAUUAUAUACCUGGAUAUUACAACAGUGAUAAACAAACUGCUGCAGCUGACAAAGGCAAAUGCCAUGAAUAUCCAGGUUACAGAGAGGAUUCUAAAUAUGUCAGACAACAAGUAGUGUAUCAAAAUAUGUACUGUGGUGCUUCAAAGUCACAUCAGGCAGCUCAGAACUGGAUAAAACAUGCCAGUGAAAAUGAGGGCAGAAAUAUUGAGAAAAUGAAAAAUUUUGCAGUGGAAAGUCAGAAGAUGCAGACUAUACCACACAAGAUAAAGACCUAUAGCUGUAAUGUAAGUGUGGAGAAUUCCUGAAACCACGUCUACUGCCAAACAGGAAAUCGGAUAUUUGGGAAAAUCUUGAUUAGAUGAUAAAAAGCCAA